AUGAAUCAGUGUGAGAACAGAGAGGAGGGAGCCCCUCCCUCUAAAACCACAAUAUGGAGGGGACCACUCUAUGAGAGCCAGACCAAAGCUCAGAGGUGAGAUGAGGAUCUCCAACUGUCCAUGACUCUUCUUCAUGUCAGAGCUCAGCACUCACAUCACAUGUCUGUGUGUGUGUGUGUGUGUGUAUGUGUGUGUGUGUGUCUCUUUCUUUCUGUCUUUCUGUCCAUCUGUCUAAGACCCGAACAACAAAACAGGCCAGACUCUCCUGGACCUGCUCCCAGCUGUCUGUCCUUCCUCAGUGACCGGUCUAAGACUCCAAUUAUUGAUUUCAAAGAUGGACAUCAGUCUGAUUGUCAAAAGUAAUAAUCUAUAACAACAGCACUCAAACCUGGAAGAUUUUCAGUGUUCUUGUUUCUUCAUAAGUGUUUGUGUUUCUGUCAGAGUCAAACGUGAGAAACCAGACUCUCCUGGACCUGGACCAGGACCUGGACCUGGACCCAGCUGUGCGUCCUUAAAGAGUGACGGGUCGAUGUUCAGACUUACUGAUUUCAAAGUUGGACAUCAGUCUGAUUGUCAAAAGUAAAAAUCUAUAACAACAGCACUCAAACCUGGAAGAUUUUCAGUGUUCUUGUUUCUUCAUAAGUGUUUGUGUUUCUGUCAGAGUCAAACAUGAGAAACCAGACUCUCCUGGACCUGGACCUGGACCUGGACCCAGCUGUGUGUCCUUAAAGAGUGACGGGUCGAUGUUCAGACUUAUUGAUUUCAAAGAAGGAGAGAUUCGUGAUGAGGAAAUGUGAGCCUUUCAAACUGAACUGUUUUGUUGUGUGUGAAACUUUUCAUCCUAACUGUGGUCAGUGUUUUCACUGUGAAGUUGAAGAUUUUUCAGGGUUUGUGUUUCUAUCAGGCUCCAACAGCAGUAAACAAGAUCUCAGCCAGAAAGAACUGGACUCUGUAUCUUCAUGAGUGUCCUGUGUUUGUAGGACACUCACAUCUAUCACAUGUAACCCUGUGUCUCAUUAUAUUAUAUCCACUACAUUAGAUUCUGUUUGUUCCACAGAGUUCAGCAGCAGAGUUCAGAGGUUCCCAGUGGUCAGUCUGCCCAGCAGCAUCAAACACGGCUGGACUCCAUAUUUAUGGUGUGUAAAUGUUCAAACACAGCUCCUACUGAUCAUCAGAACAGACACACAGUAUAUUUAGAGCUUUCUGGAUUGUUCCCUGAUGACACUGCAAACAUCUUCUCUGCCUGAAUUAUGUUCACACUCAGGGCUCUAUUUUCGUGUACGCCGGUGAGGCGACGGAGAGUGGCGGACCCCGCGCAGUUGUAUUUUCGUCUGGCGGAGCCCGGCAUACAGCCAGUUUGGUAUUUUCGUGGACUGAGGCGCACAGAGGCGAACUGAGAUCCGCCAAGCUGGGUGUGGUGGCAUGGCAGGAGGAGGUGUCGACAGAAUCAGCGGGCGCAGUGACAUGUUCGUGCUCACCAGUGGCGUGUAAAGUGUGCUGAAAGCUCGCCGAUUCAAACCUGGUCAGCUUUCAGCUGGUCUAGUAGUAUUUUGGUAGACCGGCGGCGUAUCGGCAUACGUCACUGAUGCCUCACUGGCAGGUUUCAACAGUGUCAGGCACAUUUCAGUGCAAUAAAUAAUCAACAACAACUAUUAAUCUAAGUCAGCACAUACAUUUAGAUCUAUAUAGAUAUAUUCGGAUCUAUAUCUGAUCUGAUGAGCGCAUUUGGCGUUUGCGUUUUAAUAUCUAGUAAAUAAACACACAUGAUAAAGUUAACAAGAUAUUUAAUUCGUCUCCCUCCCUUUCUUCUUCCUCUUCUUUUAUUUCUCGCGCAGCUCGACCUGGACAUGUCUCUGUGUCCUCUCUCCGUCCUGCUGCAGCGGCGGCUGAACAGAUGAUUUGUUUCAGUGAUCAAAUGAGUUAUUUACUUUAAGCCGACAUACGAAUAUUCUAAUAUUCAGUUUUGUGAGCCAAAUUUAUUUCAUAUGCCAACAUCUAUGAAAGAAAGAGCCAGGCCACGGAGUGCGAUGUGUCAUUUACGCACAGGCGGUUCCGAUUUUAAUGCCAUUUAUGGAGUUAAUGUUGUGAUCUGUGCGCACAACCCACCUUUGUCACGUGAGGUUUGACCAUAUGCAACUUUAUGUGAGUGUCUUUAUUUGUAGCAAAGGGUGUUUGUCUUACCAGUGGGUCCAACAUUACACACACCAAAUCCAUCUGUGCUCAGAUGAGAGAGUGUGGAGGACGCCCUCUGCAGCGCUUACAGUGACACUAGUUAAGGAGCUGCCUUCUGUCGCCAUCGUGUGGCAUUACUGUCUUCGGACAUCUCUUGAGCUCUUUGACUACUUCAUGAAAAUUGUAAUAUGCCUCGCCGGUGGCGGAUUUAAAGGCGAGGAGAGGAGCUGAUGUGAUUGGUGAAAACAGGUCUUGGCUGUGUUAAACCCACUCCAUGCCCUCUCUCCUCCCUCGCUACGACUUACGCUGCUGGGAGGAGCUGAGUCAGGGAGGGGGGAUACUUACGCCGGGCUGCGCCGCUCACCAAAAUACCAAAUUGUGCUUGGGAACGCCUUGUCUGCGGCACGUCUCCGACGAGGCAUGAAAAUAGAGCCCUCAGAGUUCGACUGAUUGAAUGAACCUUUACAUUUAUGACCUGCACAGAGUCAGAGGUCAGAAGAGCUAUGCCAUUGGGAAGCAACUCCUGGCAGGUUUACCAAAUUAGACAGGUCGAGGGUGAGGAGUUGGACAAAACACAGACAAGAUUGGCAUUUAUUCCGAUCAUUUGUGCUCAUGUAAACGCAGCUAGUGGCAGCCACUCUUUCAGCUUCAUUCUAAUAAACACAUCACCUCUAAAGUCGCUGCAGACUUUUUCUCCAUGAAACCACACCAGGAGAUUUCUCCAAUAUGAGGUUCAGUUCAUAGAAACUGGAUUUGUAGGAGACAGGACCAUCCACAAAGUAAACCCUGAAGCAGCACUGUGAUCCAGUCUUCAUGCUGCACUGUCAGCUGGCUUUCUGUCUGUCACAGAUGAUCUGAUGUUCAUUUCUACAAGUUCAAGUUCACAUUUUGUUCUGUUCCAGCUGCUCCAGGAAAACAUGAUCAGCUUUGUAAAAAAGCAGCUGAUGGAGAUCCAGAGAGUUCUGAGUCUAGAUGAGCCAGCAUGCUUAAAGAGUCAGAGGGAGGAUGAGGAUGAAGAGCAGAGGAGGAGCAGAGAGGCAUUUCUGAAGAUCACUGUGCACUUCUUGAGGAGAAUGAAGCAGGAGGAGCUGGCUGACUGUCUGCAGAGAAGUGAGAGGAUUUAAACAGAUUUAACAUGAUGGAAAGAUGAAAUGGAGACAACAUGGGAGAGGUUUACAAUUCAGACUCUACUGUUGAUAUGAUGCACACAUUUGUAUCACAUCUGUCAACUGAGAGAAACUGAUCACAGCUGAUGAGCUGAAGAGAUUUCAGAGAGGAGGGAAAUCAAAUCCGUCCUGAUGUCUUCAAGUGUAAAUUCAUCAGACUUAUUGUAGCCUCAGAUUAUUCAUCGCAUUUCUUUUUGUUCAUUCAGGAUCUGCUGCUGCAGAGUGCCAACACAAACUCAAGUCCAACCUGAAGGGGAAGUUCCAGUGUGUGUUUGAGGGGAUUGCUAAAGCAGGAAACCCAACCCUUCUGAACCAGAUCUACACAGACCUCUACAUCACAGAGGGAGGGACUGGAGAGGUCAACGAUGAACAUGAGGUCAGACAGAUUGAAACAGCAUCCAGGAAACCAGAGAGACCAGAAUCAACCAUCAAAAAGGAAGACAUCUUUAAAGGCUCACCUGGAAGACAGGAACCAAUCAGAACAGUGAUGACAAAGGGAGUGGCUGGCAUUGGGAAAACUGUCUUAACACAGAAGUGGACUCUGGACUGGGCUGAAGACAAAGCCAACCAGGACAUCCACUUCACAUUUCCAUUCACCUUCAGAGAGCUGAAUGUGCUGAAGGAGAAAAAGUUCAGCUUGGUGGAGCUCAUUCAUCACUUCUUCACUGAAACCAAAGAAGCAGGAAUCUGCGGGUUUGAGGACUUCCAGGUCGUGUUCAUCUUUGACGGUCUAGAUGAGUGUCGACUUCCUCUGGACUUCCACAACAAUCAGAUCCUGACUGAUGUUACAAAGUCCACCUCAGUGGAUGUGCUGCUGACAAACCUCAUCAAGGGGAACCUGCUUCCUUCUGCUCACCUUUGGAUAACCACAAGACCUGCAGCAGCCAACCAGAUCCCUUCUGAGUAUGUGGACAUGGUGACUGAGAUCAGAGGGUUCACUGACCCUCAGAAGGAGGAGUACUUCAGGAAGAGAUUUAGAGAUAAAGAGCAGGCCAGUAGAAUCAUCUCCCACAUCAAGACAGCCAGAAGCCUCCACAUCAUGUGCCACAUCCCGGUCUUCUGCUGGAUCACUGCUACAGUUCUGGAGGAUCUGCUGAAGACCAGAGAAGGGGAGCUGCCCAAGACCCUGAGUGAGAUGUACAUCUACUUUCUCCUAGUCCAGAUCAAACUAAAGGACAUCAAGUACAACCGAGGAGCUGAGACUGAUCCACACUGGAGUCCAGAGAGCAGGAAGAUGAUUGAGUCUCUGGGAAAACUGGCUUUUGAGCAGCUGCAGAAAAGAAACCUGAUCUUCUAUGAAUCCGACCUGAUAGGGUGUGGCAUCAAUGUCAGAGCAGCCUCAGUGUACUCAGGAGUCUUCACACAGAUCUUUAGGGAGGAGAGAGGACUCUACCAGGACAAGGUGUUCUGCUUUAUCCAUCUGACUGUCCAGGAGUUCCUGGCUGCUCUUCAUGUCCACCUGACCUUCAACAACUCUGGAGUCAACCUGCUGUCAUCAGCACAAACAACAUCUUGGUUGUCUUACUUAUUUGGAGGGAACAAAGAAACACGCUUCUCCAUCAGAGUGCUGUGGACGAGGCCUUACAGAGUCCAAAUGGACACCUGGACUUGUUCCUCCGUUUCCUCCUGGGUCUUUCACUACAGCCCAAUCAGAAGCUCCUGAGAUGUCUGCUGACACAGAUAGGAAGUAGCUCGCAGACCAACCAGAAAACAGUCCAGUACAUAAAGCAAAAGAUCAGUGAGGAUCUGCCUGCAGAGAAGAGCAUCAAUCUGUUCCACUGUCUGAAUGAACUGAAUGAUAGUUCUCUAGUGGAGGAGAUCCAACAGUCCCUCAGAUCAGGACGUCUCUCCACAGACAAACUGUCGCCUGCUCAGUGGUCAGCUCUGGUCUUCAUCUUACUGUCAUCAGGAAAAGAUCUGGAUGUGUUUGACCUGAAGAAAUACUCUGCUUCAGAGGAGGGUCUUCUGAGGCUGCUGCCAGUGGUCAAAGCCUCCACCAAAGCUCUGUAGGUGGACACAUGAGAAAUUUAGGUUUUAUUCAUAACAAAACUGUUAUAUUUUGCAUGAGUCCGUUUCUUCAGAUAGUCUGUUUUGUUUGGAUUGGGGUGAAAACUCAAACAAACUCUUAUGCAGAUCAAGCAAGUGAACUUCGGUUCCCCUGAAAAGGAGGGUCUUGGUUAUCCUCCAGGGAACUUUGGUGUGGCUCUAUUGUGGUAUAAAAGCAAAGCAGAACAUCGUGUAAACCAUGGGCAGGAGGUAGCAUCACAUGCAGUGCAUUUGUGCCGUUACCUCACUUGAUGUCCAUGUAACUCUGUUAACACAUGUCUUACUCUGGUCGAUGCUCAAACUUUGUUACUGAUGCAUUCAUUUUAUGUAAAGACUGAUAUGCUGAACAGGUGGUUACAGGUAAACCGUAUUUUCUUCAUCUCUGUCUUCUUCUUUAAAAGUGUUGAUAUGAAACACGGUUUCCACAAACACAAAGUUACUAUAACCUUUGUAACUGCUUGAUGUUAUUCACGGAGUUGUGUUCAUCUGACCAUGUUCAGUGUGAAAGCAAAACAAACUUAAAGGAAUAUUCCGGCGUAAAAUUAAGUUAGAGUCAAACACACCGUAACACCGAGUUAGACAGCCCCUCCAGAGAUGAAUGUUGCAGACCGCUUGCUUCUCUAGUUUUACCACCAUAAAUGUUCUUCCUUGAGCUGUGUCACUCCGCUGCAGUUGAUGGACUCGCCUGGAGAUCUCUGUUCAAACAAGCAGCUGCUGGAAGAGAGUGGGUGAUUUGUGUUUAGUCUCUUUGCUAAGGAAAUCAGGCAAAGUUAAGAAGAUGUUUGAUGGCUAGUGCUAUGGCUGGGACCCUGUUUGUCUAACUCAGUGUUACGGUUUGUUUGACCCUAACUUAAUUUUAUGCCGGAAUAUCCCUUUAAUGAAUGUGUAACAAUACUGCUAUUUGACCCCUGAACCGAAAUGAGUCCCCUAGUCUGUCGGGUAAAACACUUAUUGUUCAUCAGAGAUUAGACAUUGUGUCUGUUUUAAUCAAUUUGUCUUUUUCAGGCUAAGUGGAUGUAACCUGUCAGAGAGAAGCUGUGAAACUCUGUCCUCAGUCCUCAGCUUCCAGUCCUCCAGUCUGAGAGAGCUGGAUCUGGGUAACAAUGACCUGCAGGAUUCAGGAGUGAAGCUGCUUUCUGCUGGACUAAAGAGUCCUCACUGUAAACUGGAAACUCUCAGGUCUGUAGAUGGUUAAACAUAAAACUUUUCUCUGUUGGAGUUUAAAACCAAAUAAGCAUAAGCGCCAUUAAAACAGAGAGCUACUUACUGAACUUUUUUAUAUACUAUGUGGUAGAUCAAGUAUAGAAAGUCAACUUACCCUGUCAUUCUUUUAGGGUAACUAAUUGAAAUAAAAUGGAGACAAAAUUGAGUUCAUAAUUUGUUGGAAGAAGCAAAAACAUCCAUGACCCUCUGAUAAUUGAAAAUACAAGAGAGCUUAUUCAUUUAAACAUCUCCAAUGUUUUUCAGGUUUACUGGAUGUAACCUUUCAGAGAAAAGCUGUGAAGCCAUGUCCUACGUCCUCAGCUUCCAGUCCUCCAGUCUGAGAGAGCUGGACCUGAGUAACAAUGAACUUCAGGAUUCAGGAGUGAAGCUGCUUUCUGCUGGACUGAGGAGUCCUCACUGUAAACUGGAAACUCUCAGGUCUGUAUAAGGUUAAACAUAAAACUUUUCUCUGUUGAAGUUCAAAACCAAAUAAGCAUAAGCACUGUUAAAACAGAGAGCUACUUACUGUACCUUUUUUAUAUACUAUGUAGUAGAUCAAGCAAAGAAAGUCAACUUACCCUGUCAUUCUUUUAGGGUAAAUAAUUAAAAUAAGAUGGAGAUGAAAAAUUGAGUUCAUAAUUUGUUGGAAGAAGCAAAAACAUCCAUGACCCUCUGAUAAUUGGAAAUACAAGAGAGCUUAUUCGUUUAAACAUCUCCAAUGUUUUUCAGGUUUACUGGAUGUAACCUUUUAGAGAGGAGCUGUGAAGGUCUGUCCUACGUCCUCAGCUCCCAGUCCUCCAGUCUGAGAGAGCUGGACCUGAGUAACAAUGACCUGCAGGAUUCAGCAGCGAAGCUGCUUUCUGCUGGACUGCAGAGUCCUCACUGUAAACUGGAAACUCUCAGGUCAAGUUUUCUGCUGAUUGAGUUUUGUAGUUGUUUGAAUGAAAUUGUCAAAAGUUGGCACACUUCUCCUUAUUUCAUAUACUUUUUCCUGACUCCAGGUUAUCAGGCUGUCUGAUCACAGAAGAAGGUUGUGCUUCUCUGUUCUCAGCUCUGAGCUCCAACCCCUCACACCUGAGAGAACUGGACCUGAGCUUCAAUCAUCCAGGAGACUCAGGAGUAGAAAUGCUUUCUGCUGGACUGGAGGAUCCUUUAUGGAGACUAGAUACACUGAGGUACAGUGCAGAGGACAGUUACUGGGUCACAGAUAACUACAAAUAUAUUUGGUUUCUGCUGCCUGAGGUCUUCACUUAGCAGGCCAUCACUGUUGACCAUCUUUCUGAUGUACUCUCUGAUGUGAACUGUUUCAUCCUGGAUUGUAGCUCUGAUGCUCACUGGCUCUCAGCCUCCCUCCUUCUUCUUAGUGUAGAUCCUCAGAGUUCCGGAUUUAGGGUGAAAACCUCCAUUUGAGUAUUUUGGUCAUCAGGGUCAUUGAUUACCUAUGACCCUGAUGAAGGCCGAAGGCUGAAACACGUCAGUCAAAUAAAGUUGUUUUCCUGAACUACAAGUGUUCCUGGAGCUCUUUUGAUCCCUUCAAGACCUUUUCUCUCCAAGCACCUUGGAAGUUGGUGAAGUUGUGCCAGAACUUUUGCCCCUAGCCUGUUUCUCUGCUACAGGGACAACUGAGGAACUCUGCUUCAUGUUGGACAGCAGGUAGGACUCAUGUUGGGCACCAAAUUAUUCUGACUGUGUUUCUUCCUCCAGGGUGGACCAUGGUGGAGAGCAGAGGUUAAAACCUGGUGUGAAGAAGUGUAAGUGUGGGAUCAAUUUGACUCAUGAUGACCAAACAGCAGACUGUCAGCUAACAAAGAAGAAAGCCUUCAGGUGUGUCUGA